GACCUGUGAUCAGUACUCCGAUCCGGACCCCAUACACAGCCAGAAAGCUUGUGUGGGGCGGCAAAUCCGGAAUAUAUAUGUGAUAAUGUUCAUAUACGAGUCCACAAGUGGGAAAGCAUGCAAUGCAGAAGAAAACUCUUUUUGUUCCCCGUUUCAGGAAGAAGUUCGACAACGCGCGCAAAGGAAAAACAUUUAUACUAGUACAACUGCAUGUAGCAGUCGUACAAAUAGUAAUCCAAGCACCAUCGCUUAUGGGCUCGACUUGUACUUAUCGGUACUUGCGCGUAUGUAUAACACUUGUAAAGUUGAAGCCGCGGGUGCGCGCGCGGGACUAUAUGAUUGGGGAUUCUGGAUUCAAUGAAAUUAUUGCCAGAUGCGCCCUCCCCCCCGCCGCGAAAUCGUUCGGAACUAUCAAGGCCCUCAGUGCAUUCCUUGUUUAUUAUCAUUCAAUACAGAAGGCUGUGCGCAAUAUAAUGCUCCGAAGCCAGUGUCGUGGUGUUGCGCCACUGCAUUCCAAGUGUGAGAACGCGCAACAGCAACAAGCUCGACAUCCUGAUACGGCAGCUGGCGUGCAUAAUGCGUUUGCGUAUGCGAGCGUCGAGACGGUCAAAUACAUUUGGUUCCAAUGGGGAUUGUAUUGUACUGUCCGCCAGCUGCUACGUAUAUACGACCUGACCCGGGACGUUGGGUCAUCGGUGAAGUCCGUUGCAACCACCAAGUAUACAGUAAUAGCACUCAGAGGACUAGAUCUUGGAACUUUUUUUUUUCUAGAGGGUGUUCGCGCGAAAUGA